AUGGUCAACCGUAUCCUCAGCAACGAUCCUAGCAAAGGCGACAUGCAUAACCGCCAAGCGAGUAAAGCGCUCCCCAUCAAGGCUAUCGGUUGUCACCCUGCAGACUACCACAUGUGGCCGCUGUACCUCUGCGGGCUGUCGUGGUUGAUACCCAAUAACCCCAUGCAAGCAUACCUCACAUUACGGCUGCGGGCUGUCGGUUUCGAAACUUUCCACACGAACCUGCUCACAUUUCCGGCAUACACUUUGUUCAUCUUGCAAUGUUGGUCUGGACCUGGCUCAGCAAGCGGUAGAAAGAACGGUUCCUCAAUGUACAACAUGUCCGUUCAGAUCAGUUCCAUCAUAGCUUCCAACGUAAAUCAGGCUUAUCAUGUAGUACGGUAG